AUGCUUCCCAAGAUCUUCUUCGCGGCCCUCUUCGCCGUUCCCUUCGCCGUAGCCCUCGCGGUGCCAGGCGACGCGUCCAACCUUGUCGUGCGCGCCGACCCCGAGGUAUCGGCGCCCGCGCCAGCUGGAACCGAUGCUGGCGCGGAGCCGCUGAAGGGCAAGGGCAAGGGCGGUGAACACCGCGGCGAGGGGAAGGGCAAGGGUGGCGAGCACCGUGGCGAGGGGAAGGGCAAGGGUGGCGAGCAUCGGGGUAAGGGCAAGGGUGGUGAGCAUCGGGGUAAGGGAAAAGGUGGUGAAGGCAAGGGGAAGGGAAAGGGGAAGGGAAAGGGAAAGGGCAAGGGUGAGGGCCAUGGCGAGGAUGACGAUGAGGAGUAG